AUGCCGUACGACUCUUCGACGAUUCCCCUGCACCUUCCGAUCCUCAUGGAAGAGCUGAAAAGAAACCAUUAUACCCUCAUCAACUCACCAGGACCCGCACACGGCCCCGGCAUCAAUACCCCCUCCACCCUCGAUGAUCCGAGCACCCACCCACAUACGUACAACUUACAUAAUAAUACUACUUCAAACGUUACUGUAUCGCCGCCUCCCCUUCCUCUACAAGGCUACGCUCCCAACAACAGUGGCUUCGAUCGGAAUGGUCCGCCCCCUCCUACGAGAGUAGCCCCGAUCCCCAUUGGUCACUCUAUGGACCUUUGGUCCCUGGAGCAGUAUCCGUCCAAGGCUACGGGCGAUGCAUGCAUGCAGCCAAUAGGAGGCGAGCAUCAAGAGUCAGGAGGGUCGCUUAGUACAAUCGACCCCGUUCUUAGGAGGGAACUCCUCGUUGAACGUAGGCAGGCUCUUGCUCAGGCUCACAAAAAGCUGGCUGCCCAUCACCACGAUAGUCGUUGGCUUGUUCAAGGAGCUGACUCUUACAUACAUCACCACCAGCUCACGUCCAAUCGAGCAGCAGAAGCUGAUUGCAUUCUCAAUUUAUAUAAAGGAGCCUGCGACCAACCCCCAUCGUCAUCCUUUUCCCCUGGACCCUCUAGGCCCCCACUGAUGGAGUCUACUCUGUGGUACACCCCAAUCUCGGCCUUGCCCGCAGACGCGGCUACCAUGGGCAAUCUCCCUGGUAUCGAUACUCGGACCCAUCAUUCUCGCUCUGCUUCAGAUCCUCAUAUCACUUCGAUGAACAUGGCCCGCUCCCGAGAUUACCUCGCUCAGAGAGCUUCGUUUGCGGCACCCGCCGUGAGGGAUCCCAUUUCGCAACAUGAAUGCGCACACCAUGGUACCUCUUCCCCGUCUCAACCAGCUCAAACGAUAGUCCAAACCUCCACCGACGUACACCAAUACCAACAACAGCAGGCCCUCCUCCUGACCCAAAUGGUCCCCUUGGAUCAUAGAGGCACAGCAGAGGGUUGGGCGGGAUCGUUCGGAAUCGGAAUGACUGGUACUCGCGAUUUGAGAGCAUGUCCGGUGUCUCAGCGUUCCAAUUAUCAAAGCGACGGUCAAGCUGCCCUUCAGUCCAGCGCCAUUCGGCGCCUUAACGGUCUCAGGGAAAGUGCGCAGCUAGUCCAUGGUCAUGAAACACAAUAUCACGUGCAUAAUUGGUAUUCCAAGUUGGGUAUGCAGAGCUCCUCUUCCUUACCCGUCGGGCAAGAGGAGUAUGGACAGGAAACCCCGCAGCAGUCAGCGGGUGUGGCAUACUCUUCUGACUCACCACCAGCACGUCAAGCGCAUCAAGUAAUCACAGAAUGCACUCAUGAGCUGACAAAUGGUAUUUGGGACCGGGGCGCGCACGCCGACGCGUCGGUUCCGCCAUCUUCCAAUCCCACGAUGCAGAAUUACGGAUACUCCUUGCAGUCUGGUGUCCCGGACGACACAAUGACGCUGCAGAGUCUGACGCCGUACACCAACUCGCCUGCGGACAACUUGGCCAGAGUCGAGGCGUCCUACGCGCUGCCCAAGACGCAUUCGCCACAUCCACUCUCCACUCACUCGUCGCCCUACUCUGUCCCUCACUCGCCCUUUACCCAUUCAGGACAGUCCCCCUUUGCUCAACACGCUUGCACCUCUUCCCCGCCCAUUAUGACUCCUCCAAUGGGUGGAAUCUCUCAAGCACGACCCAUUGGUACGAAAUACCCACAUAAAUGCGUUACCAACUCGCAUCAUGGAUCGUUGACCACAUCACCCAUGAUUAGACCACCUUCUAGCUCACUUAGUGUUUCGCCCGCCAUCCAGUCUGCACCUCUCUUUAGCAACCAUCACUAUUAUAGCGCGCAGUUUCCAACACCUUCUGCCACGUUUCCAACACCCGACAUUCCCAAUUAUUCACCGCCGUCGACCGCUGCGUCUUUCCCCCAUGCUCGGUUCAGCGAGCAGUUCCCUCAAGUGCAAGCGACAGGAUUCAAUGUCGACUUUAAUCCAACUAGUGCGCUUUCUCCAGGUGAUGAGAUGUCCGGUUGGCCGCGCGCCCUCUUUAGCGAUAUCCCGUCCCUCUCUGAUCCAUCACACGGUACACCCGGGGGACAUUCGUCACCCGAGACUAGUCAGCCUCAUGCGACUCCCAUACCAACUCCUUCCUCUUUGAGUGGCAAUGAGGAAGAUUCAGACGGGGCUGAGGAUGUGGAAGCUCUGCCUGAUGAUGUAUCCGAGCAGGCAGCAGAGGUCGAGUCGGUACCAGCAAGCGAUACACUAGUGUCCCUCCCGUCCAUUCCCCGCGCGACGGUAGACCAAGUGACGGCGUUUAUCGAGCGUGCAUUCCCCAUUGGGACCCCAAAAUGGGCUAGGCGUCGUCGUGCGCUUCGGAUGGUGCUAUUCUCGGAUUGGAAGGCACGCGACAUCAAGGAGCCUAGUCGCAAGUUGCUCUUGGAGUUUGUCGACACUCUCAACUCGCCCACAGGCUCUUCUUCUACUUCGUCCGGUGCUGGGACGUCUUCGCAGGCCAGAAGGCGCCGAUCAAGAGUAUCCCCCACCUCGGCGUCCGCCGUAGCGAAGAAUAAGCAGAGGUGGAGAUGCGGUUUCUAUUUGAAUCGAACGGACGAAGCCGGGAAGCAGAUUCGAUGUCCUUGUGGAUCAGUCCGAACUGUGCAGGCGUUGGAACAUGUUCGCCGACAUAUCAAGCUCGAGCCGUUUGUAUGUGAAGGGGAGCCCUGUCCCGAAUCGUCGACCGGGUGUGGCGCUCGGUACUCGUCGCGCGACCCGCUCAGAAAGCAUCGCAGUGGCAAGGUUACGUGCGAUACGUGUCUUCGUGGGGUCCUUCCUGGAAACAUGAAACGCCAUCUGGAGAAUAACUGCCGAGAAUAA